AUGACAAAGGUUGUGAUUGUUUCCUCAGAUGAAGAGAAGUUCCCCGUCGAUGUUGACGUGGCCAGCAAGUCUGUGUUGAUCAAGAACAUUAUCUCGGAUUUGAAGCCAGACUUGGAUGAUGACGAUGACGAGGACUUUGAGAUUCCUUUGCCGAACGUGAGGGCAAAUGUUCUCAGCAAAGUGUUGGAAUGGUGUGAACAUCACAAAAGUACGGUGUUUCCUGAUGACGAUGAUGAAGAUGCCAGAAAGUCUGCGCCCGUUCCAUCUUGGGAUAGAAACUUCUUGAAGGUUGACCAGGAGAUGUUGUAUGAGAUCAUCUUGGCCGCCAACUACUUGAACAUCCGUCCAUUGUUGGACGCUGGUUGUAAGAUCAUUGCUGAGAUGAUCAAGCACAAAUCUCCUGAAGAAUUGAGAAGAAUUUUCAAUAUUGUCAACGACUUCAGCCCAGAAGAAGAGGCUGCCAUUAGAAAGGAGAAUGAAUGGGCUGAGGACAGAUAA